AUGUUGGCCUUCGCGAAGAGAAUAGGCGCGAGGUUUCUUCUUACUAGUACGAGUGAGGUUUAUGGUGAUCCUCUUGAGCAUCCACAGAAGGAGACAUAUUGGGGGCAUGUGAAUCCAAUUGGCGUCCGGAGCUGCUAUGACGAAGGCAAACGAACUGCUGCAACCCUAACUAUGGAUUAUCAUCGAGGUGCUGAUGUUGAGGUGCGCAUUGCGCGUAUUCUUAAUACGUGCGGGCCUCGUAUGUGUCUAGAUGACGGGCGUGUGGUUAGCAACUUCGUCUCACAGGUUGUGAAAGAAACUAUUGAUCCCAGUGCCACGAUCGAAUUCAAACCAAACACUGCCGAUGAUCGUCAUAAGAGAAAACCGGAUAUCACCAAAGCAAAAGAACUUCUCAAACUGGGAGCCAAAGAUUUCCCUACGAGAAGGGUUGCCUCGCAUGCAACAGCGAUAUGCCUCAGCACGGACGAGAAAUCGCCGUCGUCCACCCCUUCCUCCACAUCCACCGCCUACCUGCUCCCCGCCUCUGCCGCCGGAUCUGGCGGCGGCGGCGCCGCCAUCGACCGCUACAACCCGAUACUCCGGGAUCCAAAUCGGACCCCCAAACCUCCACCACCCUACAACAGCCGCUCCGACCCGCCCGCCAUCCCCAAAUCUCGAAAAAUUGCUCACAUUAAGAACAGGAAAAUCCAGCAGCUCAAGGAAAACGAGAACGAUAAACUCACCGGCGGGAGUUUGGUGAGAAGGAGCUGGAAAUGCAUGAAUCCAGGUGAUUUUAUCAGUCCUCCGGGCUCCACGAGGUACUUGUUGAGGGAAAAAAUUGUUCAUGCCGCCUUGUCAUUGUCCGAUUUUGAUCGGAGCUCGCCCGUCAAUGACAUUCCUAAGGAUGUGGAGAAAAUGGAGGAUUUAUUAUUUGCAGAAAAACAAUCGUGUCCUUCCCUGCCUCAUGCUCCAGAACAGGUGGUUGUUCUGAGGGUGUCAUUGCAUUGCAGAGGAUGUGAGAAAAAAUUGAGAAAGCAUCUCUCUAGAAUGGAGGGUGUUACAUCUUACAACAUAGAUUUUGCAGCAAAGAAAGUGACAGUAAAUGGGAAAAUUACUCCUUCGGAUGUGCUUACGAGCAUUUGUAAGGUGAAAAAUGCUCAGUUAUGGUCUCCAACACUCUCGUCAUCUUCAGUGUAA